UUCAAAUUGUACACAAACAAGAUAACAAAUUGCAUAAACAGAUUUCCUUGUACUUUUACUUGUAUUAUUGUAUUUUUAACAAUGAAUGAACCUUUUAAUUCCACUGGCCCUGAGCCGAGAAAAGUAGGCGUUUGGUCAGAAGGAGCGCCCGUAGAACCAAGGGAGUAUGUAAUGCCCAAAAAAUCGCCCGAAUCCAUUGACGACAUACCAACGAUACCGGACUUGGAUGAUCUUCAGGACAUUCUGGAAAAAGAGAUUUCUAAACCAUCGCCCCCAGAGCAAGACUUUGAAACAGUUAACACAUUGGCAGAGGUUGGUGGUGUCAGUGGGUCAGUGGAGGGUGUGGAGGCAGCCCUGGAGGUUCUGCUCUCUUAUGUGCCAAAAGUAGAGGCUGAUACUGCUGACACAGUGUGGACCGUUGACUCAUUGCUGGUGCAACUUGCUGAGGAAGAACAAGCAUCUUCGUAAUUUUUUAUUUUGACUUCCUCCACAAGGAGGUGUGCGGUGAAGAGUGAAAAUUAAAACAUUUCAAUCGACAAACAAUCAUCAUAAUCUAAGAAUGGUGGAUCAGAGUUCUUUCGUAUUUUAGUCACUUUAAAUAAGUUUUAACAUUUUUUAUAUGAUGUUAUUUAAUACAAUACAUUUAAUUGUGGUUUAAAGUAAUGAAAAAACACAUAUUAUUUGAAUUGGCUAAAAGAACAUUUUAAAUGCUAUAAAACUACCUAUGAACAUGAGGAUUUGUCAAUAUUUCAUAGUCAGUAGAUAUAUGGUUGUAACUGUGUUACAAAAUUGACGACUAAAUGAACCCUGACUUUCUAUCUUUCAUGUAUACUUAUAACAUUUGUCUUGUAUGACUCAAGUAUUUGUGAGGUGUUGAUAAUAAAGGAAAAUCAACUUAAUCUGUCAAUUAAAUUAAUCAAUCAAAUUUUUACAGUGCACAAUAACAUGGUUGCUUGGUUGCAGUUAGCUCUACUUUUAUCUCACUUAUUAUUUUUCUUUGAUGUUUUUUUAAUUAUUAAAGGUUGAGUCAUGAAAUUAAUUACCGUUGUUGUGUACAUUUGUUGCAUUGCUUAUUAAAGCUCUCCACUUUAUUUUGUCCUUCUCAUCUCACAAGAUAGCAUAAUGAUUGUCAGUUAGUUCACAUGGAUAAGAGCAACAGCACAUUUACUUGACAUUUAAAAAUAGAUCUACUUGAGAAAAUUAAAUUUUGAUUUUGGUUCUAUAUUUUCUGAUUUUCAGCUUGAGGAUUGAUCAGGGGGUUAAACUUUGAAAUUGAUAGAGGCAAAUUAAAAAAAAACAAUUCAAUCAUUACUUUUAUUUUUAUAAAAAGUAUUAUUAUUAAUGGGAACAUUAAUAAUAAAUCAUUAACACAAAUUUGACCUUGUUCUAUCCAGUAUCAGAUGUUGGAAUGGUUAUGUAUCAAUUAGUUAACGGUUUUUUUUCAAUAAUUUAGAACACAAACAUACAUAAAACACGCUUUAGUCAGAUACGCCUAUUUUUUCAACUGUAUAAAUUUUCUUAAUAAUAUAUUUAUUUAUUGGUACUUAUGCUAGAAACUGCUUAGUAGAAAGCAAUUCUUAUUAACAUAACAAACCUUCUGAUUGCCAAGUUUGAGUUUUUCUUCCACCUAUUUUUAUUUAUAUUAAUUUGAUUGCGAGAAAGUUAACUACGAUCAGUAAGAUAUUGAAAAAACGCCAUCUAGUGAAAAUACUGUUAACCGGUAUUAUAACUAGAUGUUGCUGUGUCAAUUCCAUACAAAUCGAAUUUAACGCGAUCUAAUAUAUAUAAAAUCUCACACUAGGCGCGGAUGUUAUAUGGCCCAAUACAUUUAUAGGAAUAUUUAGAUAUUCAAUACAGAGCUGGUAUCCAUUAGGUUGCUAACUAUGGGAAGAAUUUAUCAAGCCCGUUUUCACUAAUUGAGGCGACAUCUAUAAAAGAAAAACGUUUCACCAACUCUUAGGUGAUAACAAUUAAAAACUGUUGAUGUAUGCCUAGGAACCUCCUUAGAUUAGGCAUUACCUUAUUUGUGGUUAGUGAAAACGAGCCUUAGUAGGCUUUUAAGAGAUUUAUGCUAGGAGUCUACAUGAUCAAAUGAGAAAUGAAGAACCUGAGUUAAAAUGGUCUGUGGCAGUUCUGUACAUCAUACAUGCAUAAAAGCAAUACCUACUAUACAUAUAUCGCGUUUUGGGGGCAAGAUUUUUACAAUUCAUGCCUUCUGCACACCACGAUAGGGUACCAUAAAACGCAGACUCCACUGUACUUUCCAGAAAUGAAAGGAAAAAAAAUUAUGUCCAGGAUCUUAUGUCAGUGUUUACUUGGCAGAUUAGUAAAAGAAACACUACUUGUAGUUUUGAUCAGCUCGUAAUGUGCGACCAACUUUACAGUUUAUUCAUAUUAAGUAUAGCAUUAAUACAUUCAUGCACCCAUGUUACAAAUACAAAGGUUAAAGACAAACUAAACAAUAAUAAUAAUUUUACAGUAUUUUGUUGCAUUCAUUUCAUUCUAUUCAUGAUCCUCAACUUAUUAUUUCUCCACAGUUGGGCACAGGUCAUAGGAUAGACGAAUUUUUGAGCAAAGACCCGUGAUGCCGCUCUAAUGCGGAACGGCGGGCUUUAACGAUUAUUAGAACAUCUUAUUGAAGAUAUACAACAAUUGCUGCUUAAUUACUCUCUUUUAUACAAUAUUUUUUAUAUCAGUAGCAUUUUCAAACAUACCUGAAGACAUACUUUUUGAUGCUAUAA